AGCAAACAGUUGCGUAUAUAAAGUCAAGAGGUCCUAGUCUCCUUACAGGAGAAAGCAGUUCCAAAUUACUUGAAAUUGAAUAAUUGGGACAAAAAAUGCACACAAUUAAAAUAUUUCUUUUUAUCGUUCCUUUAGUAAUUUCUUCCAGGAUUGAUCCAGACAGUUCAACAUUUGAUUCUGUGCCUUCAGAGCCAAAAUCAAGGUUUGCUAUGUUGGACGAUGUCAAAAUUUUAGCCAAUGGCCUCCUUCAACUGGGACAUGGUCUUAAAGAUUUUGUCCAUAAGACUAAGGGCCAAAUUAAUGACAUAUUUCAGAAACUCAACAUAUUUGAUCAAUCUUUUUAUGACCUAUCACUUCAAACCAAUGAAAUCAAAGAAGAGGAAAAGGAAUUAAGAAAAACUACAUCUAAACUACAAGCCAAAAACGAAGAGGUGAAGAAUAUGUCACUCGAACUGAACUCAAAACUUGAAAGCCUACUGGAAGAGAAAAUUGGACUUCAACAAAAAGUCCACGCUUUGGAGGAGCAGCUAACCUACUUACUUCAAAACCAGCCUGGGGCUCAAGAGCACCCAGAAGUAAUAUCACUUAAAACUUUUGUAGAACAGCAAGAUAACAGCAUCAGAGACCUCCUCCAGACUGUGGAAGAACAAUACAAACAAUUAAGUCAACAGCACAGUCAGAUAAAGGAAAUAGAACACCAGCUCAGAAAGACUGGUAUUCAAGAGCCCACAGAAAAUUCUCUUCCUUCUAAAUCAAGAGCACCAAGGACUACUCCCACUCUUCAGACGAAUGAAACAAAAAAUAAAGAACAAGAUGGCCUUCCGGCUGACUGCUCUGCCAUUUACAAUGGAGGUGAACGUAAAAGUGGCGUGUACGCUAUUAGGCCAAGCAACUCUCAAGUAUUUAAUGUCUACUGUGAGACACAGUCAGGCAGCCCAUGGACGCUAAUUCAACACCGGAAAGAUGGGUCACAAAACUUCAACGAAACGUGGGAAAACUACAAAAAUGGCUUUGGGAGGCUUGAUGGAGAAUUUUGGUUGGGCCUAGAGAAGAUCUACGCCAUAGUAAAACAGUCUGACUACAUCUUACGACUGGAGCUACAAGACUGGAAAGACAGCAAGCACUAUGCUGAAUAUUCCUUUCACCUGGGCAAUGGUGACACCAACUACACGCUACAUGUGGCUGAGGCCGCUGGCAACGUCCCUGAGGCACUCCCAGAACACAAAGACCUGGUGUUUUCUACAUGGGAUCACAGAGCAAAGGGACAGCUCGCCUGUCCAGAAAGUUACUCAGGAGGCUGGUGGUGGCAUGACGUAUGUGGAGAAAACAGCCUAAACGGUAACUACAUCAAACCCAGAGGCAAAUCCAAGGCAGAGAAGCGAAGAGGGAUCUACUGGAGGCCUCAGAAUGGAAAGCUGUUCUCCAUCAAAUCAUCCAAAAUGAUGGUCCAGCCUACCAACUGAGAGAAAGCUUUCAACAAACUGAGACUAACUGAAAGACCAAUAAAUUAAAUAUUGAAAUCCUUUCAGGUUUCUGUAGUAUAGUAAUCUUUAAUUGAAAGCUUGAGAAAUGAAUUUUCAAUUAGCUUUAAAAUCAUAGUUAAGAUUAGAUAUCAUCACAUGAACUUAACACAAUUUAUCUUUUUCAAUCAAACCUCCUUCAGUAUUGUUCCUUCAUAUGUUUGCGAAGUGGGAAUCAAUUUAAGAUGGCCAAAUCACCUGGGAGUGGUGGCACAUGCCUUUAAUCCCAGCUUUUUUGGAGGCAGAGGCAGGCAGAUCUCUGAAUCUGAGGCCAGCAUGGUUUACAGAGUGUGUUCCACUACAGCUAGGGC